AAAAGGUCGCAGUGGCCGCUCUCAGGUUCUUUGAUUGUAGUAUAUUUUCUUUGUGCUCCGUAUUCCUUAAUGACCAUUAAUGGCUACGUUCAGAAAACACAACCGUUGCACAAUAUUUUGGAACUAGAAUAAGAUAACAAGUAAAUUAAACCGAGAUUAAAGUUAAUCUACGUUGGUAGAAACAGGCCUUAGAGAUCUAACAGUAAGGACCAAUAAUCACUGACUGCUCACUGGUGUUUUCUGAACGUAACCAAUGCUUCAUCCAGUGUUAACAUUUUGAGAUGGUUGAAUAACAUUUUCUCUAAAACGUAACUAAAGCCAAUGCAAAGAUUUUAUAUUCCAAGAACAUUUUUGUAUUCCCAGACUGACUUUGUUGUGUAAUAUUCGAAAGCUGUAUAGAUAUAUGAUUGACAAUGAGAUGUCUCUCACAGAAAGACGAGUACUAAUAAGUUUGAAGUGAAAGUUGGUUGAAAAUGUUCAAGACAGAUAAAAGAUUUUGGUACGAAAAAUGGUUACUACUUAAUUCAACAGCAGAGUGAGAAGAGGAAAUUUUUAAAGUUUCUUAUAAUAUUUGCAAAUAUGAAGUAAGAUUUGUAUGAAAUGUCCGUGCAAAUUUAUUAAUUGAAAUUAAAAUACAAAUAAAUUACUAAUAUAUUAAUUAGCAACAUCAAUCCUCAGUUUUCAAAGAUUAGAUUAAAAUUUUCAAAUUCUUGAAGUAUUCGUGAACAAGCUAGUUUAUUUCAUUGACGUGGAAGUUAUUUUUAAGAUAGUUGUUUGCAUUUAUGUACAUUAAGAAUAAUUUAUACUGUGCUGUUGAGAUGGAAUUGGCAAGGGAAAUUAUCAAUGGCCUGGUGAAUAUCCAAAAUAGCAACGUUUUACCUGAUGAAACAUUUCUGCAAUUAUUAGAUAUUAUAAUGUUAUACAUUUCUAGGAAUAUUAACAAUGAAAAAACUAUCGCUGCUGUACAUUCAUCUAAGUCAGAUCUGAUAAAAGCUGCUAUUACCAAUGUAGCUUGCCUCUUUAUAGAGGCUGCCCGACAUGAUUACGAUGAAGAAAGCUUAAAACAGUUUUUACAUAAUGAAAAUAUCAAUGGGCAAAGAAUUCAAACAUUAUGUAGUACUUACAUUAACAAUAAGCAAAAUAUUCAAACUCAGUUGGAAUUGACAGGGAAUAACUUACCGCAUAUAAUAGAUAUAGAUUGGCGUUUGCAUCAUUGUGUUAGAAUGAGCACUCGUUUUACCAACGUACCAAUUUAUAACAUACGAUUAAGCACAAAAAAUGGUAAUCAAGUGAAACACAUAAUAUUUACAUGUACCAUACAGCAACUACAAGAGUUGGUGUACAAGUUGAAGGAUAUUGUGAGACACAUUGAAAAAAUGUCUAAUAUAUAAAUAAAUUAUUACAGCGUGUAAUCGAGAAAUAUAGUUCUUUACUCUGGUUUGUAUAUUCGAAGGAUGUUAUAUACAACUUUGUAUAGGUGCAGUAAUAAUUAUAUUUUUUGCAUUAGAGUGAAGAGAAUAUCUUUUAAUUUCAUGUAUAAUCAUUGUUACUUUUAUAUUUUUAUACUUUAUAUGCUUACACAUACACGUAUAUAAAACUUUGAAUUAAAAAUACAAUGUAUCUUCUAUUCUGCAAUCAGAGUGUUUACUUAAAAACUUGUUUUUAUUAGACAGAAAAAAUGCAUGUUACAGUUACAUUCUUUUAAUUAAAUAUGGAAUUGC